AUGUCCUCUUCAUCGUCAUCCACUCCGACCUUGGUCGAGACACCCGAAGCCUCUCUCACAGCAGCCGAAACGAUUGCUCGAUAUGUCAACAUCUUCAACAAGGUGACCGAGAUUAUCAUUACCGAAUUUCAAACUCAUCCCUAUCGUUCAUUGAUUGAUUUAUCAGUCGUGCUUCUCAUUAUUUGGUACAUGAUGAGCAAGAGACGUUCCGCUCCAACCACUCAUAAACUUACGAAAAAACAAGAAGAUGAAAUCAUUGAAGAAUGGGAACCAGCACCAUUGGUACCAUCAUCCGAUGAUGCCAGCAAUAUUGAUGCUACCAUCAAUGCUAUCAAGGAACACGAAUAUGUUCUCACAAGUGCUGCCGAUGUUGAAUUCACUGUUGAAGGAAAAGAAGGAAAGAUUAUCAACUUUGGAACCAACAACUUUUUAGGCUUUAUCGGUGAUAGAGAUAUCAUUGAAAAGUGCAAGGAUACAGUCCGUGAGUAUGGUGUUGGUAGUUGUGGUCCUCGUGGAUUCUAUGGUACCAUUGAUGUCCAUUUGGAAUUUGAGAAGAUUUGUAGUCGUUUCAUGAAGACCGAGGCUUGUAUUUUGUAUUCGUUUGGUUUUUGUACCAUCAGCUCGGUGCUUCCUGCCUUUUCUAAACGUGGUGAUGUCAUUGUUUGCGAUGAUGCUUGUAACUAUGCCAUCAAGACUGGUUGUCAUUUGUCUCGUUCCGAAGUGAUUUACUUUAAGCACAAUGACAUGGAAGAUUUGGAAAAUGUUCUCAAGAAAAUUUGUGCGAACGACAAGGGAGCCACUCCAAAUAAUCGUCGUUUCAUUGUUGUUGAAGGAGUUUAUGAAAAUUGUGGUGACAUUGCUCCAUUGAAGGAGAUUAUUGAACUCAAGAAGAAAUAUCUUGGCUUCAGAAUUGCUCUCGAUGACAGUUUUGGUGUUGGUGUUUUGGGUAAGACCGGCAGAGGUACCAUUGAACAUUUUGGCUUGGAUAUUAAUGAUUUUGAAAUUGUUUGUGUCAACAUGGAGAAUUCAUUUGGUUCGGUUGGUGGUGUUUGUGUGGGUUCACACAUUAUUGUCGACCACCAAAGAUUGUCUGGAGCUGGUUAUUGCUUCUCUGCUUCAUUACCACCUUACUUAUCAGUAGCUGCUAUUGAAGCUCUUAAUCGUGUAGAUAGCGAUCCAGAAACUCAUUUGGUUCCUCUCCAAAAGAAUAUUUCGCUCCUUCACCAAACAUUGGUCAAGAAGAUUAACUUUAAGAAUCUCAAGUUGGUGCUUCAACACCAAGAACAAUGCCCAGUCUUUCACAUUCGUCUUGCUGAUGACCAUCCUCUCAAGGAAGGAUUUAACAAUGCCAAAAAGCAAUGGGUUGAGAUUUCAAAGAUUAAAACCAAGAAUAAGAAACAACUCAAUACCGCAAGCAUGAACUUUUACAAUGAGAGAAGCAAGAUUCAACAAGUAUUCAAGGAUAUUGUCUCUAAGGCUAUGGAUCAAGGAGUUGCUGUGGUCUGUCCAAACUACACUCACAGAGAAAUUACUCUUCCAGAACCAGGUAUUAGAAUUUCUGUUUCAUCCAAACAUACGAAGGAUCACAUUGAAAAAUGUAGCAAUGUGUUGGCCACAAUUUUUGCAGAGACCUUGUCACCUUCUAACUAA